GUCGUCCACGUAGCAAUAUGCUCCCAGUUCUCGCGGUCUCGGUGAUCUGCGUCGUGACAUGGACAGCCGCGUUGAACGAUCCGUCAUCAGGUAAACUCGAGCAAUCAUCAAAUUCCGCUGGUUCCUUGGAUCUUAUCGCGCAGAACGAUUUACCCAGGUUCGGCAAACCGUUGAACAACCUGACGGUCUCGGUGGGUCGCGAAGCCAUUUUCACCUGCACCGUCGAAAACCUUGGCAUGUACAAGGUGGCGUGGCUUCGCGUAGACACACAGACGAUCCUCACGAUCGCUACUCACGUGAUCACGAAGAAUCAUCGAAUCUCCGUGACGCAUGCGCAUCGCACCUGGUCCCUUCACAUCAAAGACACCAAAGUUAGAGACAGGGGAUGGUACAUGUGCCAAGUCAACACUGACCCGAUGUCCAGCAACACUGGAUUCCUUGAAGUAGUUGUACCCCCGGAUAUCCUGGACUAUCCUACCAGCACGGACAUGGUGGUGCUGGAGGGGAGCAACGUGACGUUACGGUGCGCCGCGACUGGCACCCCGGAGCCGACGGUCACGUGGCGUCGUGAAGCCGGCGGCACGAUCACCCUGUCGAACUGGCACGAGGUGGCAAGCUUUCAGGGCCCGGAAUUGGAAAUAACGCGUGUCACGCGCCUCCACAUGGGAUCGUACCUUUGCAUAGCUUCAAACGGAGUGCCGCCAUCAGUCAGCAAGCGAAUUGUUCUCAUUGUUCAGUUCCAACCGAUGAUUUGGAUCGAGGACCAGCUAGUGGGUGCUUACGUGGGCGAAAAGCUUACAUUGGAGUGUCGUAGCGAGGCAUUUCCGAGACCGAUCACCUACUGGACCGGGCCGUCGAACGAAACGAUAGCGAGCGACAUGCACUACCUUGUUGAAGCAAUACCAAAUGGGUAUGAGAUAACAAUGAGGCUAACCAUAAAGUCCGUGCGACCCGAGGACAUCGGAUACUUCCGGUGCGUGGCGACUAACUCGCUGGGCGAAACUGACGGGAAGAUUCAGCUUUACAAGAACGAUCGGCCGGCGACGACCCGGAGGCCGAGCACGCGGCGGGACUCGAAGAAAGCGUGGAAGAUCGAUCACAGCCACGAGAGGAAGACAGCCGGCAUGAAGGACGAGCCGAUGCUGAAAAACCUCGACGGCGAUGACGAGCAGAUUGACUUCCAAUCGGCGACCGCCUCGUCGCUGUUCCACCGGCAUUUGUUCGCAAACCUCGGGAUCACCGCGGUCACAGCGAUCCUGGCCGGUCUGUCGACGUAGGUGUGCCCAUCUCUGUGAUGACAAUUACGUUAGAAACUGUUUGAUCCCUCCCCACUCGCGGCGCGAGUCGCAGUCGACACGGGCCAGUCGCGACGUGCACCAAUUCAACCGACACUUCGAACACGACGGAAUUCUAGGGUAAGGCCGUGUUUACUGUCAACAGUCUGUUUAUAUGUCCUACGAACAGAAGGGAACACGGUCAUUCGUAAUAAACGUUGACCGUUUUUGUUAUUCACUGAUUCGCGUGAAUGAAGAUCGCAAAUGAAACAAUACGAGUAAGAUACAAAUUCACCUGGCCCUCGAUUUACGCGAAAAUCCGUUCCGUAUGGGUUCGUUUUACGCGAACGAAAAUCGCGUAAAUAGAGCCUGUCGGUACAAGAGAAAACAAAAUAUUGAGGGGAAA